AUGAAAAGUAAAGAAGAGGAAGAGGAAGAAGAUGGAGGAGGAGAAGAAGGGCAAAAAGGGAAGAACUUUAUUGAAAAGUUAAGGAGAAGAGCCGUUUCUGUAGGCCAUAGAAGUGUUUCUCGCCCACCUUCCACUCCAACGCGCAUUACCUUUAACCCUAAUACUAACCCUUCUUCUUCCUCCAGAAAGCUUGCAGCCUCUCUCUGGGAAUUUUAUCAGUAUCACGACCUAGACCACCAGAUUCCUCCUCUAGCUAAAAUGCACCGACCUCCGUACUCUUCUGGUGGUGAUCCUAGUAACCGCCGUCUCCGUCACGGCCAUGGAAAGGCGGUGAUUAGAGAUAAUGGUGGUCUUGAUCUCACUGAUGACCAGCCAGAGAGUGCAGGUAGUAUAAGGAAACAGAUUGGUCAAAUGCUAAUGAAGCAUCACCAAUUAACCCAAAGAAACGACCAUGAUGCCUUGCAGCCCUUAUCUCCUGCAAGCUCCCUCGAGGUGGCUUCAUAUAAUGGAGCAAUAACUCCGGGAAGCUCACUGGAGCUCCGUGGAAGAAGAAGAAGAGGAGCUGGUGAGGCUAACUACAAUCUCAAGACAUCAACCGAACUUCUUAAAGUACUGAACCGAAUCUGGACCCUCGAGGAGCAGCAUUCCGCUAACAUCUCUUUAAUAAAGUCUCUAAAAAGCGAGCUUGCUCAUUCACGUGCCCGUAUCAAAGAGCUUCUCAGAUGCCAGCAAGCAGAUAGACACGAGAUGGAUGAUUUAGUGAAGCAGCUCGCGGAAGAAAAGCUGUCAAAGGAAACAAAGGAACGCGACAGGUUAACCUCUGCGGUUCAGUCACUGGAAGAGGAGAGGAAGCUAAGGAGACGGUCCGAGAGUUUGCAUAGAAAACUUGCACGGGAGCUAUCUGAAGUGAAGUCUACGUUGUCUAGCUGCGUGGACGAGAUAGAGAGAGGGAGUAAGGACAAGAAGAUGCUGGAGAGAUUAUGUGACGAGUUUGCGAGAGGGAUCAAGAGUUACGAGAGGGAGGUUCAUGGUUUGAAGCAGAAGUUGGAUAAGAGUUGGGAAGGUUGGGGUGAGGAAGAUCAGAUGGUUCUUUGUAUUGCGGAGACAUGGCUUGAUGAGAGGAUUCAGAGCGGUGAAGAAGGAUCCGUGUUGGAGAAGCUAGAGCUUGAGAUAGAAGCGUUUCUCGAGAGUAAGCAGAAGUUGAGUGGUGAUGAGAUACGGAAGAAUCGUAGGAGUUCACUUGAGUCUGCUCCAUUUAACGCCAUGAGCGCACCGAUUCAGGAAGUGGACAGUGAGGAGGAAGAAGAUUCGAAUUGUUUUGAGCUCAAGAAAGAUGUUGCAAAGACACAACUCGGAGAUGGAACUGAGAAACUAGAUGUUAUGUCUAGUGAAAAACCGAUGAGGAGACGGAGUCAAAGCCCGUCGAGCUUACAGGUGAAGUUCGAGGAUCAAAUGGCGUGGGCCAUGUCUCGUAAUGAGAAGAAGAGUGAGAAAGAGAAGAACAAUGUGGUUGGAGAAAUGAUUAGAACACAUCGGAGGUUACUGUCGGAAACUCAAGGAAUCGAUGAGGGUUCUUGCAGUUACCAACCAAGUAGGAGAGCAGAGAGUCCGAUUCGGCAUUGGAAUCCGAGAGCCAUGACAUCUGAUCUAACAGCACAAGGAGUAAAGGACAACACUUUGAAAGCUAAACUAAGCGAAGCGAGAACCAAGACUUCUCGGCCCAGGAUUCGGCUGUUCAAGGGCUAA